CGACUGAGAGGACAUAAUCGUUCCGGCUCAAACGACGCGGUUACUUUGGAAUUAAUUAGCAAUGGCUUUGACCUUGAUAGAACGAAUUCAGAACUUGUUAUUGCGUGCGUGCGCUGGGCUGCUCUACAUGUUCUUUUGGCUGCUUUCACCCCGUGGCUCCAGCAAACCUACCAAACUCCCACCAAUCAGCAACCCGCUUCUUAGGCUCUCCGCAGUGCAGCUCGCCCGUAAGAUUCGCAAAAGAGAGGUAUCUAGUGUGGAGGUGGUCCAGGCUUACAUUGACAGGAUCCAAGAGAUUAAUCCACUGCUUAAUGCCGUUAUUAAAGAGAGAUUUUCGACAGCUUUGCAUGAGGCAGCUCAGGUGGAUAAACUGAUAGAAGAAGAAAUGGGAGGAGAGGAUGUGCUGGAGGAUAGACUUCCUCUUUUGGGUGUGCCCAUCACCAUUAAAGAAGCCUUCGCUCUGCAAGGUAUGCCAAACUCCACGGGCCUUUUGUCGAGGGCGCAGUUUUUGUCCAGUACCGACGCGCCCACUGUCGCUCUGCUCAAGAGGGCGGGGGCUAUUCCUUUGGGCGUGACCAACACCAGUGAGCUGUGUAUGUGGCUGGAGUCACAUAACCACCUGUAUGGCAUGACCAAGAACCCUUACAAUCUUGAGAGGAUUCCCGGAGGAAGCUCAGGUGGGGAGGGCAGUAUCCUAGCGGGUGGGGGGUCUGUGAUUGGAAUAGGUUCGGACAUAGGUGGGAGUAUUCGCAUGCCCUGCUUCUUCAACGGAAUCUUUGGACACAAAACCACCUCGGGUGUGGUCUCCAACGACGGGCAGUACCCUCCGUGCUCUGGCAGACACAACGAAUAUUUGAGCACAGGCCCAAUGUGCCGCUACGCUGAAGAUCUGCUACCCAUGCUCAAGAUUAUGGCUGGACCCAACGCACGCAAGUUAGCUUUGUCUGAGGAGGUGGACCUGAAGAAACUUCGCUUCUUCUCCGUCCCGCACGAUGGCGGUUCUCCGUUCACCUCGCCCGUGGACAAACAGCUCAUUCAAGCCCAGCGGAAGGUGGUCGAGCGCUUAGAAGCUGACUUGGGAGUGAAAGUGGAAGAACUGCGUGUCCCACAGCUGAAGUAUUCUUUCCAGAUAUGGGACACCUACAUGGGCCUACCCGACGACAACGGACAGCGGCCCAGACCCUUCAAGGAGUACAUGGCUGAGGGCGGACCAGCGGUGUGGCCUGUCUGGGAGCUGGUGAAAUGGAUGAUGGGACGGUCCUCUCACACCGUGCCUGCCAUCGGGCUAGCUCUGGUGGAGAUGACCCAACGCUCUAAACCUUCCCAGUUCAUCCUCAAGCAGAAGGAGGCGCUUCAGCGGGAAAUAGAGGAGCUCUUGGGAACUGACGGGGUGCUGCUGUACCCCACACACCCCCAACUGGCCCCCAAACACCACCAUCCACUCUUCACCCCUUUCAACUUCUCUUACACAGGAAUCUUCAACAUCCUGGGUCUGCCCGUAACUCAGUGCCCCCUGGGGUUGAGUGUGGAGGGCUUGCCCCUGGGAGUGCAAGUGGUGGCCGGGAAGCUGCAGGACCACCUGGGCCUGGCUAUGGCCCUCUACCUGGAGAAAGCUUUUGGAGGGUGGAGAGACCCUGGAGCAGCCUAAAACAUCUGAUUAGUUAAGAGCUGAAUGUUGAGAACCAUUGAACGUUGAGAACCACGCUGAUGACUGAGGGAGUGGAUUUUUUGGUUUGAAAUGGCCUUAUGCUUUCUUUGUGAUUAAAGAGCUCAUAACUGG